UGAACUAAGUCUACGAACAAAGUCAAAGUCUUCGUAUACCAUACGAAGCUCAAACAAAAAAACAAAUGGCAUGAAAAUUGUGGUGUAAAUUCCAAAGCUCAGAAUUUCCUACUCCUUUAUAAUAUUACAAAAUUCCUCAUCAUCAAAUCAAAGCUAAACGUGAAAACUCCCCUUCCUCUCCAUUUCCUUCCUUCUAAAUCACACCAAAUUCUGCUAAUUCCAUCCUUAAUCCCACCAUUAAUAACAUAAUUAAUUCAUCUUCCCCUGCAUUUCUCCCACGAUCAAAUCUGGGUUUUUUCCCCUUUUUCUGAUCCGAUCUCCUCAAAUCGGAUCUCACCGCAUCAUCAAUGGCGCGCCACCGCAUCACCACCUUAGUCAUCUUCUUCCUUCUGACCCUAUUUUCUCUCUCCUCCGCAGAAAUCCGAUCAACCAAGAUCAAAUCCGACAAUCGACCCAUAAUACCCAUAGACGAAUUCGGGUUUACUCAUACAGGUCGCCUCGAACUCAAUGUCACCGGAAUCACCCUCUCCAACAACAACAACAACCUCGAUUUCUCCAAAGUAGGGUUCUUCCUCUGUACUCGCGAUUCAUGGCUUCAUGUUCUCGAACAGCUCGAAGAAUCCGAUAUCUCUUGUGCCCUUGAUUCAAACCUCGUUAAAAAGGUUUACACCUUCAAUUCUCUUACCCCUAAUUCUAACUCUUUUGGGUCGCUUUUUGUUGAAACUGAUUCUGAUCAAUAUACCCUAGUUUUUGCAAAUUGUUACCCAGAAAAUCUGCUUGUUUCGAUGAAUAUUAGGUCUGCAAUGUAUAAUCUUGAUGGGAAAACCCGAACCCGGGAUUAUCUUUCUGCGGGUCGGACUCUUUUGCCCCGGAUUUACUUCUUCUUCUCAAUUGUUUACUUUGGCAUGGCUGUGUUCUGGAUCUAUGUUCUUUAUAGAAAGAGAUUGACUGUGUUUGCAAUUCAUUUCUUUAUGCUUGGAGUUGUGACCAUGAAAGCUUUGAAUCUUCUUUGUGAAGCUGAAGAUAAAUCGUAUAUUAAACGCACGGGUAGUGCGCACGGGUGGGAUGUGUUGUUCUAUAUCUUUAGUUUUUUGAAGGGUAUUACUUUGUUUACUUUGAUUGUUUUGAUUGGAACUGGGUGGUCGUUUUUGAAACCCUAUUUACAAGAUCGUGAGAAGAAGGUUUUGAUGAUUGUGAUCCCAUUGCAAGUCGUGGCGAAUAUUGCUCAGGUUGUGAUUGAUGAGACUAGUCCAUUUAAUCAAGAUUGGGUCACUUGGAAGCAGGUGUUUUUGUUGGUUGAUGUGAUUUGUUGUUGUGCUGUUCUGUUUCCUAUUGUUUGGUCGAUUAAGAAUCUCCGGGAGGCAGCUAGGACUGAUGGGAAGGCGGCCGUGAAUCUUAUGAAGUUGACAUUGUUUAGGCAUUACUACAUUGUGGUUAUCUGUUAUAUAUACUUCACUAGGGUGGUGGUUUAUGCACUUGAGACUAUUACUUCUUACAGGUAUCUGUGGACUAGUGUUGUGGCUGCUGAGUUGGCUACACUUGCUUUCUAUGUGUUUACUGGGUACAAGUUUAAGCCUGAGGCUCAUAAUCCUUACUUUGCGAUCGAUGAUGAUGAGGAGGAAGCUGCUGUUGAGCAAUUGAAGCUUGAGGAUGAGUUUGAACUCUAAUGGAUUCGUGUCGUAGUUGUAAACAUGUUUGCAUUCAUAGUACAAGGUAUAGUGAUCAAUUCGGUUGCAGCUCUAGACUUGGUUACUGAUGUGAAUGUUUGUUCCUUCAGUGUAGAUGAUAGUAAAGCAUAGUGAUUUUUCCCCCCCGCCCCUUAUAGUUGAAUAUGUUUAGGUAUUAUUACUCAUUGUCCAUUCAUGUUGUUAUGGACGCUGGUGACUUUGCUUUGAUCUGCUUAAACGAUACUAUUUUACAUAAAUGUGAUAAGCAUACAAUGACUUGUAUCUCUUAUGCACAAUGCUGUGUUAAUUUUUGAUUGUGUACAA